CGGUCCGCCACCGCGACUGGUAGCGACAAACGUCGUCGUGCCGACGGUGGUGGUGGCGGCGAUGGUGGUGGGAGCAGCCUCCGUUUUAUUUCUGUCACGGUCUCGUUGCAGCUUGGACCGACCUCGCGAGUGCGUUCCUUUCGCGAGAGUCUCUCUCGCGUACACGAAGAUCGUCAAACGACGACGACGACGAUAACGACGAUAGCGACGACGGCGACAAAAAGUCGCGCGAUGGAGGACAGUUACAUGGUUCACAGACGUCGCAAGGCGGCUGCUAGAAAGCGUGAGAAGACGCCCGAUCCCUCAUCAAGGGGUGCCGCGUCACGCAGCACAAACACUUCCGACGAUGAAGACGAAGAGAGACGCGCCAGAAUGGAGAGGAUGGCUGAAGAAGCGGAGAAAAUGGAGCAGGAACAGAAAGAGAAUAGACUGUCGCAACAGCAGAAACAGGAAAUGCCCCAGAAAGAAGAGAACAAGGACAAGAAAGGGAAUAAUGGGGAACAGCGUCCCGCCAGAAGAAAGGACAGGACUGAUGCGAGAAAUUCUGCAAAUGUGGAUGACAUGAUCGCUAUACGCGCCGAGGUGGCUGCCAAGUCGGCUGGGAAUAGUUUGAAAACACAUGAGACUGACGUUGUAGCAGCUGAUGACAACAACUCGCGACCGGUAAAGCAGGUUAUUGAAGUAGCGAAGAGAUUUGAUGAUGAUAUCACAAAGAAAGACAAUAUCAAAUCUGAAAUUGUUCAGGCGGCCAAUGAUAAUGUUGUUCAGCAAGAGAUAUCGGAGACGCCGAAAGAAACAAGUGGCGAAAUCGACAGACCUGUCGAAGCUCGCAAAAUUGAAAGGCGACUUAAAAGGAAGUCGAAGGAACGCGUGGAGAAAUAUUGCCGAUCGACAGACUCCAGCGAUGUGGAUGAAAAGAGCGAGUUGAAUCGAAGACGAACAAAAUCACCGGAAGCAAUGAGAUCCAGGGUGAAAAAGACGAGUGGAAGGAGUCGGGAAUAUGAUCCGGAAACGCAGAAAAGGGAUACCGAGAGAUCUAACCGAGAGAAGAGAUCAUCGAGUCGACAGAAGCUGGAAGAUGAGCCUCGGAUCAGGGAAGACUCCGCGCCACGUUCAAAAUCUUAUAGUCAGGCCGAAGAUACGGACGAAGGUCUCAAGAUCGUCAAGAAGAGUGAGAAUUUUCCACAGAAAACUGCCGAGGAACGGAUGGUAAAGAGAUCCACGAUUGAGAAGAAGAAGCAGAUCAUUCCGCUUAGCAACGAAAGCCUGAUCGAGGAUUUUGCGAGGGCUCAGAGGGAGUACCUGUUAAGGGAACGCAGCAUCUUGGAUGCGGAAGUCGCAGACGAGUUUCAGGACCAGGUUGAAGUUAGUUCCUUAAGGAGGCGGAAGUUGAAUCUGACGUACAGCGAGAGCGAGCAAGAAGACAUCGUUCAGAAUGUAACGCAAUCUUCCGAUGUAGUUGACAAGAAAAAAUCGUGGUUCUCUCGGUUGUUCUUCUGGCGCAGAAGCGCAGGAAAGAAGGAUGAAGAUACCGAAGAGAAGAAGAUUGAGAACGAACCGGAGCCCGUUCCAAAAAUCGAAGAGAUCAAAGUGAAGAAGCAAGAAGCUGCAGAAAAGAUUACACUAUUGGAUUUCUUUAGAGCUCUCAGAGACAUUGUCAGCGAAUUCAAGACUUUCGUGGAGCAGAAUCCACGUGAGACUAUGAUCAUCAGGCGGCUACGUAAUCGCUGCAUAGCCGAACUGUUGCUCAUGAUAAUCUACUGUGGCCUAGGCGGUUUCAUCUUUCGUUUCGUCGAGGGCGCCUUCGAAACAUUCUACAAAUGUGGUGUGAAGCGCGUGAAGCGCGACUUCCUAGACACUUUGUGGAAUUACAGUCACAGUUUGAGGGAGGACGACUGGAAGAGCAUGGCGCGCAGGAAAUUGAUGGAAUUCGAGGAGCAGCUUCACACAGCUCACGAAGCCGGCCUACAAACGUAUAGUGGUCAAAAAAGUUGGAGUUUUUUGAAUGCGGUCGUAUACUGUCUCACUGUCAUCACCACCAUUGGAUAUGGCCAUAUGGCGCCAAGUACGAACACAGGAAGAGCUAUCACGAUUGUAUAUGCUAUUUUCGGCAUUCCGAUGUUUCUCAUCAUUUUGGCCGACUUCGGUAAAUUAUUUACACGUGGUAUAAAGUUCCUGUGGGCAUUUGUGAGGAGGCUGUACUAUACUGGUAGUUGCCGCAAAGUUCGUCGCACUGCACCCGUUCAGGAAGUUAUGAAGGGUGUGCAACUCGUUUAUGAUCUUGCGAAAUUUCGGCGGCCCUCGCAAAUGAAUCUAGAGGAGAUAGAAGAAAUUCAGAGGCAGCAAGAGUUGCAGGCCCAGCAGCCGCAGACGGUCCUGAAUGUGGACGCCAAUUCACCAGACACGCCGGGUACGCCGGCAAUGUCGGCGUUCGCUAUCGAUGACGAGUUCAAUUUACCGAUUUCGGUAGCAAUCAUCAUUCUCCUGGCUUAUAUUUUCAUAGGAGCCACGUUAUACACCGUGUCGGAGGAUUGGGGCUUUUUCGAGAGUUUCUACUUUGUCUUCAUCUCCAUGAGCACUAUCGGUUUCGGUGAUUACGUGCCACAGAUGGAUCCCAUAUACAUGGUGUGUUCGAUAGUAUACCUGGUAUUCGGUCUGGCACUCACAUCCAUGUGCAUCAACGUCGUACAAGUGAUGCUCUCGGAUUCAUUCAAACAGGCGAGCCAGAAGAUCGGAGCCACGAUCGGUUUCGAGGUCGCCGAGGAUGAUAACUCGGUAAAACCGGCACCACCGCCGCCGGUCGAGGUCGCAGACGUCCACAUGACUGCGAAGGAGCCUGAGAGCGGCGAAAAGAUCGCGCCUAAAGCCAAGCAGGAGGACGUCGACCUGUAGAUGCAUUUCUUUUAGGAGAAACUCCAAUGUGACGUCGAUUGAGCGUUCACUCGAACUCGCUUCUCGAAAUGCAUCUUUCUCUCUCUCUCUCUCUCUCUCUCUCUCUCUCUCUCUCUCUCUCUCUCUCUCUCUCUCUCUCUCUCUCUCUCUUUAUCCGGCCUUAAGAAAAUAAUUGUCUGCUGGCUUAUGUAACGCAGCAGUGAUACAUGGUAGCCAUUGUGGUACGCGCACGCAAUCAAGCUUCGAAGGACAAUGGCUGUCGGGAUCGUCUUUACACCUGAGACCUGCAGAAAAGUGGGGAAGACUUUGGAAUCUUUGACGCUUUUCAGGAUUGAGUUUGUGUGUUGUGAGUUUUGAUCGGGUCCAAUUAAUCUGUCUCAAGGGACCCAAUACUUUUAAGUUAGAUUCUGGAUAUCCAAGUUCUUCUUCGUCGACGCAAAGACGAUCCCGAUCGUCUCGGCAGCGCCAGCAAGGAAAUGUUCAAAGCACUGUACGUUGCACGCCUGUCUUUCGUUGAUAUCACAUCGAAUAUAUGUAUGACUCUCUCGAGAGUAUAUAUAUUUGCGCGCAAAAAUAUGAAUUAGUGAUUUUUAUGGAAACUGGAGAUCUAAUUGCGUUUGUCAUCGCGAUCGAGUGCUAGAAAAGAUGGAGCUCCAGACGAUGUGGCGAUUGAAAUUCACAUGUAAAAUUUUUAAAAUUAGUUUGUGUACAAUCCAACGAAGAUCUCGAAACGAAUUUAUUCGAAACAAUACGCACAAUUGUAAUCGAAUCGCGUCUUGUCAGGCGAGAGGUCCGUAGAUUGAAUUUAUGUUGAGACGAAGGUUUUGAGUUUUGAAAAAUCAAAAAUGCCAGUAAUGCAGCAGAUGGAAUAGUAACCUGUUCCUUGUAAAUUUUAUUUUGUAACUUUGAACGCGUAAAUUUAAAAAUACGAGAAGAAACAAUUUCAAGAGAAUCUCACGAUACAUUUCUAGAAUUUUUAUAAACGUUUAUGGAAUUUUAGGAUUAUAUCAUAAUAUAAUUGCAUAAAAAUGCAUAAAACAUAAAAAAUAGAAGAUACAUUUUUUGUCGCAUUUUUUUAUGAUCAUAUAUUAUUGUUUCACAAAGUUAUUGGCGAAUUAACGCAUUUUCCAAGCUACGGUAAAUCAAACGCCCGUUACAGCGAUAUCUCCAGUGAUAGUUGGUAAUUAUGAGUAUGAUGGAUUGCGAGGACCUAUUUUUAUCAAAAUAGUACAUCGAACAAAGAAAAUAGCUACUCCGCAGCCGCUCUUGCCAAAUGCUCGCGGGUAACAAUACACUCGCGAUUUAUUUUUCGUAGUCUAGCGUCUAUUGACAAUAAAUAUAAGAAAAAAAGUGGUAUUUUAUAUAUUGUAUAGAGUUCAUCGCGUGAUUUUGUGAUUUCAUCUUCUGAGUUGUCUUUUGUAUGUUUGCGUGAUGUAAACUUCGCAAGACGAUUCAGCUUACAUUUGAUCUAUGAGUUUUAAUCGGUUAUCUGUGAUAAAUUAUUCUAUGAUUUUAGUGAUCCUCCCGUUGGGAUUGAAAAAGAAAGCUACGGCAAUAUCCUUCUCAUAAAAAAAACAUCCUAUGUAAUUUAUGUAUUAAUGGUUAAUCCCGUUUUAUUUAUGCUUGAAAAAAAUAAAUAAAAAAUAAAUACAUUUAAAAAACUUAUAUUUAAAAAAAUAAACAGAAAUUUAUUGCAUGUGCAUAGAACUAAAAUAAUUUAACUAAUUUUUAUAUUAAAGUUUAUAACAAAAUAAACUUCAAUUUCUUUUGCUAAAUAAUAGUUAGGUAAACUUGAUUUUUUUUUAAUCCCUAAUUUUGAAGAUUAAACAUGCAAAAUUUUGUAAAAUGAUUGAAUCAUUUUUUUUUUCUUUUCAUAAUUGUUACAAAAGUACCGUUGUAGAAUGUAAUUGUAAUAGAAGAGAUUAUAAAACCUGACGGGAGAGCUCCGAUUUUUAUAAUAAAGACAAAACACUCUCGUGCCUUUUCAAAGAUGAAAUUAUUUGCUGAACUUUUACAGUAAUGAUAUGACGAAGAUUCCUAUGUAUAUAGUUUAAUCUAUAAUUAAAACAUACACAUAUACAUCGCUACUCGACAGAAAUAUUAUUUUUCUUUACAUUAAAAAAAAGUAAAUGGUUUGAUAAAUGUAUAGUAUUUUUGCGUCAUUUUACUCAUGGAAAAUUAAAUCCAUAUAAAUUAUGACAACUAAGUGUAUAAAUUUAAAUCACUGUAAUAAGAUAUUAAUUGUAAUUAUUUAUCGAAUUUAUUCACAAAUAAACGUUUAAAACAGUACAACCAGA